CGAAGUGUCGGCCUUAUAAAUCUCCCUCUUUCUCUCUCCUCUCGCUACACCGUCGCGUAGAGCUCCCACGCCAGCUCUAUCUAUCCUUUCAUGGCGGCGUCCCAGGCGAGCCUUCUGCUUCAGAAACAGCUCAAGGAUCUUUGCAAGAACCCAGUAGACGGGUUCUCGGCCGGUCUGGUCGAUGAAAACAAUAUCUUUGAGUGGAGCGUCACGAUUAUCGGACCGCCCGAUACGCUAUAUGAAGGGGGAUUCUUCAAUGCCAUCAUGAGCUUUCCUAAUAAUUAUCCGAACAGCCCUCCGACGGUUAAGUUUACUUCAGAUAUAUGGCAUCCCAACGUCUAUCCUGAUGGCCGUGUUUGUAUAUCAAUUCUUCAUCCUCCUGGUGAGGAUCCGAAUGGUUACGAGCUUGCAAGUGAGCGCUGGACGCCUGUCCAUACGGUUGAAAGCAUAGUUUUGAGUAUAAUAUCAAUGCUAUCCAGUCCGAAUGAUGAAUCUCCUGCAAAUGUUGAAGCUGCGAAGGAGUGGAGAGAUCGGAGAGACGAUUUCAAGAAAAAGGUGAGCCGCUGUGUGAGAAAGUCACAAGAGAUGCUAUGAAUGAAUAUGACGUGCUACCAAAUGAAGCAUUUUCUCUUCUCUCUGCACAAGUGUGUCGUCAGAGAGGAUGUGUUAAUUGGCAAAGCCCUGGCCCUUGUAGAAUGCCAUUGAUUUUCUCACUUUUAAAAAUAUCUUCAUUUCUUUUUGUUCUUUGUUCUUUGUUUUUGUUUUGUAUUUGUUUUUCUUCUCAUUGUCUAGUAAUUGUUAAAACGUGGAACAUCUUUGUAUUCAAUUAGUAUUUGCCCAUUUGAUGAGGAA